UCGAAUCGAAUCGAAUCCUUUCAAUCUUUUCCAUUGCAACACCACCGCGGGCCCUUGAUCCAAGGCAACCGACAACCGACAAAGCUCGAUAGUCCUGUUCUGGUAUUUUUUAAAUAGAUUGCGAGGGUGACCAUGUUUGCUGCUUUCAGCCUUGAAGUGGUGAUGGAUGGGUACAAGGAGGAGAAAAGUAAUAAGAGUUCCUCUCCUUCCACGCUGAUUGCCACAGCCUGUUCGGUUCGAGUCUCUAGAGAACACCACGAUGAUCCUCGCUCCCAGCAGUUUCUGGCUGUGAUGGUGCCUCACACCAUGGUGGAGUCUUCCCUGAGACGCACAGUCUUCGAUCGCUCCAACAACAAGAAGAAUAUUUACCCAAGAAACUCCAAGUGCCUCUGGCUUGCGCACACCGAUCGAACCAAACUUUCUCGAGAUCUUCUCCCCAGACUUCAUCCCAUUUUCAAUCGUACGGGGACAGCGAGUAGUAACAACAAUAGUGGUACCUCAUCUAACAAGAGCAACAAGACAAGCAAUAAUAACCAUCAAUCAACUCGAAAUGCCGGAGAUGAGGGCACGAGCUUGGCGAUCCGGGCUAUAUUCACUACCUUGGGCACUGGCCAACAAUCACCAGCAGAUGUUGUCUUACUCGAUAUCACGCCUCCCUCCUCUUCUGCCGCCGGCAGAGACAAGAAGGUAUUGAGCCCCAGCGAGAUACUCCAAGCUGUCAAUGGCGACUGCAUAUUGGAAGAGCCCAAUGCAAUCUUGAAGGUUCUUAUCAUCUCCAAUGUCCAUAUAGCUUCUUCUCCUAUGAAUCUACUGGCAUCAGAUGCUUCGUUGGAGGUACCUCUAUGCCCUGUGUGUUUGCAUCGGAUUAGCCCCGCUCGAUUGGGACUACCAAAGCCACUCAAUCAUCAUUUAUGCAGCAAGUUCUGCCCCACAACAACAACAAACCACAGGCCAGGCAUUGCAGCCGCCUUGGUCAACAGUGAUGCCACCGCGGAAACAUCCAUGGGUUGUCCCAAGCAACGCUUUCUCAGCCCAUGGUCGGAACCAUCCAAUUGCAUUGCUUGCCGAGUUAUUCGCGAUUACCAAACUGUGGGUGCUGGAACACAUACCAUGGCAUCAGUCUACUGCAAUCAACCAAAAUGCGCCCUUCACAAAACGCUCUGGGUGUGUUUGACCUGUGGGUUUUGCGGUUGUGGGCGAUAUUCCAAUAAACACGCCGAAGCUCAUUUUCUCGAAUCGGGGCACAACUAUUCACUCGAGUUGGCAACGUUGCGGAUUUGGGAUUAUGUCAAUGGAGAGUUCGUUCAUCGAGGAGAUCAACUAGAGUGUCCGGCGGGGAGACAGCAGAGAGCGAGGGCGAUGCAAAUACAACAACAAAUAGCAGCGUCACUGGGUGAUGCGGCCACUGUUGUUCCACCGGCGGCGGCGCCAUGGGAGCAACAACAGCCCUACUACUGGGAUCAUGGAGAUGAGAAAUCUCCCAAAAAGGCAAUCAUGAUCGGCGAAGAGUAUGAAGCUCUUUUGCAAAGUGCAUUGGAAGAACAAGCACAGCAUUACGAAGGAGAGAUAUCACGGUUGAGAGCAGCCCUGACAGCUGAACAAGUAGAUAUGGGCAGCUUGACAAAAGAAGAACUGGAAGAGAUUGCAAAGCUCAAGUUGGAAAUUGCCGAAUUCAGAGGCGAGCUCGAUGUCGUCGGUCGCGAUCUGGUCGAUGUGCAGGCUCAGGAAGCAGGAUUGAGGGCAGAUUCACAGCGGUUGCUGAGGGAACAACAAGUUGCACAUGACCUCUUAAAAACAAUCCAAGAGGAAUCAAAGCGUGAGGUAGAACAAGGCAGAACACAGAUGGAAGAAUUGGAUCAACAGAUUGCUGACUUGACAGCCAAUUUACGCAUGCGACAUCAGUUUUCACAGAAUCAAGAGUUGACCAAUGCGGAUAUUUUUGGAACCACAACAGAUCCUGGAAGGGCUGCUAAUAAGAAGGGAAAGUUGCGACGCCUUUUCCGAAAGUAAAGAGAAUCUAGAUUGGAAUGAUGUGCUCUGCUGUUUUUCAUUUGGGGUAGCAGAUCCGUACGAUUACUUUGCUGCAAGUCGAUGGUAUGUUAUGGUUUGCUUGUACCGUAGCUUUAUCAUGGCUAUAUAUAUUAUAGCUGAGGAACCAUUUCCAUCUAAAGUGCCAAGUCUAGGCGAAGAUAGACAUCGCCACCCGAAGCCCGAAGAACAUAAAGGAAAUGAACAGGAGAUUGCGAUAGUCAGCAAAAAAGCGCAGGUUGAUACGGAAUCCAUCUGCUUUGUCUCGUCCAAGCUUAUUGUUGAGCCAGUCCGAAAUGGCAAUGGUGACAGGGACAAGGAUAGGAAUUUCAUGACUGGUUCGACGUGCCCGCAUCCGAUCACCAACGAAAUGAACAUCUGAUGGACUCAGUUUCAAAUUCCCUGCAAUUAGUUGCUUUCGCCCUUCUGCAGUGAGAUACCCUUGAGCGUCACGCAACGCCGUGGAUUUGGAUACGCCACCACCAGUCGCCGAGGCAGCUGUUCCUGCCUUGGAAGAAUCCGACGAUGUGACUUCAUAGUCGAUUGGAAGUCCAACGAUCACCUUGGCACGUUCGACCAAUGAUUGUAUUGCGAUCUCAUCCCCACUAACAACCCCUUGACCGAGCAGUCCCUGCAGAAAGGCUUCAAACUUGUCCAGUGCGCCAAGAUUCUGGACUGUUUUCAGGUGUUGCAUGUGUAUCUGUAACGUUGAUGUGAGAGGCAAUCCAAGCCUUCAAUAUUACUGAAUAGGGCUCCGGAAUUGGCUUACCUCCUCCAACAAACUUUGCAUAUCGGCUUGGCAAGUAGACAGGAGCAAGUCCCCAGACUUUGUGGGUGCAUAUUCUCCAAGGUUUUGUUGAUGAUUGGCAACCAUUUGGCCCAGAGCAUGAACAGUUGGAUUUGGAAGAUUCGUGUAGCCCGUGAGUUCGUUCAAUGCACUAAUCACAUCAGGGGUGAACACACGAAAUACUCGUUUCACAAGCGUACGCGAACGAGCCAACUCUCGCUGGGAAAAAUCAAGUUCACGGGCUCGCCGGAGGAAGAUGGCGAGGGGAACAGUGUACAAGAACAAGUUGGCAGCCAGAUAGGGCUUCCAGUCAUUAGUGUACACACUCUUGCGCUCUGCGGUGGGACACAUCAGAGGCGAGGAAGAUUUUUGUGCACUUGUUCGACCAAAAGUACCCGUGAUUCGAGCCGAAGCAUUUUGCCCCUUUGGGACUGAAAUAUUUUGCAUUGGGAAGAACAGAUGGGAGGGGAUUGAUCAGUGCAAGCAAUCGAGGAUACACCACUGAUUGCCACAAGACUUACCGUUCACAUUCCAUGGCUCUAUCCAAAUGAGCCAAGCGUUCAGAGCGGUAUAAAAAACAGAGCCAGAAUGAUGGAUCGAGGCAUGACGAAAGGUUGUCCGUACAUAGUUGUAAAACGAUUCCUGCACAACAGUCAUGGGCUGGCUUACGCACCAACCGCGAGCAAUGGAGCCUUGAUCAAAGACGGAGAGGCGAAUGGUUGGAUCUGUAAUGAGGUGAACCACAAGGCUGCGUAGGCACUUCUGAGACAGCUUAGGAAUUUGUUCAAAUUUCCCUGCUGUGAGGUCAUACGCCAUGUUCAAAUCCAUCGACGGUGUUUGGUGAAUUCCAGUCCUUUGGGAACGCUCAAGAAUCACUUGCGUAGCUUUGUUUGUGGUAAGAAGGCUGCCAUGUGACUCAAACCAAAAAGCAAUGAUCGAACGUAGGAAGAACUCCGAUUUUGCCUGUUCCGUAGAAAACCCUGGAGACACAGUGGGAGCCCUCGUUUGAGGAAGGAAGUAUCGCAUGUACCGCUGGAACAAGGAGCAGUAAACUUGUUCCCCAUAUGGGGGGGAAUUCCGGGUAACCAUUCCUCUCAUGUGAUAGGGUCCGAUUUGAGCCUGUGUUUGAACUUGACGGUUCAUUUGUGGGGCAGCAAGAGGGUACCGAAGGAACAGAAAACAGUAAUACUCUAGCAUGCUGAGAUAAAUACUAGGCGCGUCAUCCUUUUGAGGAGUUCUCGCUCCCGCUCCCGCUGAAGGAGACAUUGCACCAACAGAAUGUGGCGAGGCAAGGCCAGGGCUGAGCUGAAGAGGUUGUGAUUGAUCCCGGGCCUUUAGCUUCUUCUGUUGAUAUGCCACAAUUUUCUGUUGUUGGUCUGGAGGCACACGUAGAAGGGAUCCGAAAAGCCGCAUAGAAUUAUUGCUCACAAUAAUUUGCUGGGCAACGGGAUCGGCAGGAUGCCCCAUGCUCAAGGGCAUGUGAGGGUUGGGAGUGAUCCCAAUCAGGAGCCUUUCAAGAACGGCAAAAAAUUGUUGUUGCAUGGGU